UUAACCGUAUAUAUAAAUUAAUGCACUUGGCGAAAUACAGAGAUUUCCUCGAUUGUGUUUCGCGAUCCCAGAUAACUGAUAACAAAGUGUCAAACAUACUCGCAGCAUUCAUCCGAUUAUACACAUUGGUGGUUGGUUGGCUGGCUACAAAACGGUGCAUCCCCGAAAUACAAAUAGUGUCCGCCGCCUUAAAGAAGACGAUUUUGAAUACCAAUCGGCAUUGCCACGUAAGCGCAAAGGAAAAAAAAUAAUCUAAGGAGCGAGAACGGAAACGCUGACAACUGCAAAUUAAAUAAGACUGCAGAGCUGCAAGAGAGAAAAUGGUCUCUGAAAAUAAAAUAGAUGAUAAGAUGGAGGCUCGCGAUUAUCAGCUGCGUAUUGUUGAAUACAUUGCAAAACGGAAUGGAAUUAUUUAUUUGCCCACCGGAUCGGGAAAGACUUACGUGGCCAUCCUGGCUCUCAAACGAUUCUCUCAAAACUUUGACAAAUCGAUCGAGGAGGGUGGACAAAGGGCUUUGUUUCUUUGCAACACCGUUGAGCUCGCCCGCCAGCAGGCCGUCUUUGUGCGAAGGUAUACGAACUUCAAGGUCGGCUUCUAUGUCGGCGAAGUGGGCGUGGAUAAUUGGGUUCGAAGCAAAUGGACGGAUGAAAUAAGGGACAAUCAAGUACUUGUGGGCACGGCUCAGGUUAUAUUAGACAUGGCCCUGCAGAAGCAUUUGGAUCUGAAGUCGGUGAGCAUUGUGAUACUCGAUGAGUGCCAUCAUGGAACUGGUCAUCAUCCGUAUCAUGAGUUUAUGCGCCUGUUCCAAAUGGCACAGGCAAAUGCAACGCCACUGCCACGAGUGGUGGGUCUGACUGGGGUGCUAAUCAAAGGCAAUGAGAUUAAGAACGUGGCCAAAAAGCUAAAGGAGCUGGAGUCGACAUAUCUGGGCAAUAUCGUUACCGUCUCCGACAUGAAAGAAAUGGAGAAUGUUAUGCUUCACUCAACAAAGCCGAGGGAAUACCUUGUCGCCUACAAUGAUAGGAAUCAGACAUUUGAGGUUAUUGAAGAAAUUCGCAGUCUUAUCUUAUCUUAUUUGAAGAGUCUGGACCUAAUCACAAUUCCCAAUCAGCCGGUGAGGAUGUCGAAGGGAUUGCACGUGCAGCGCGAUUCAAAUAAGAAAAGUGUCAUCAAAUUAAUGCUUAACGAUUUCCUAUAUCAACUGGAUAACUAUGGCAUUUAUGCGGGCUCCAUUGCGAUCUUGUCGAUGUAUGCCGAAUUCGAUAUCAAGCGUCGCCAAUCGGAAACAAUCGUCAUGCGAAACACGUAUCGCUUGGUUGUCGGACUCUGCGAUAGGAUUCGUCACAUGUUGGUCAACCAGCUGACUGACGACGAUGAGGAUGAAAAGGCGGCCAACACCGAGGAGGUCAUCAUGAACUUCUCCACGCCCAAAGUGCAACGAUUUUUACAAUAUUUAAAGGAUACGUUUGCAAACAAGAAUCCCAAGGAUAUCUGCUGUCUGGUUUUCGUGGAGCGACGCUAUACAUGCAAAUGCAUCUAUGGGCUCCUCCUCAAAUAUAUUGCUGCCGUGCCAGAGUUGCGUAAUGUGCUGGCUCCGCAAUUUAUGGUGGGACGCAAUGGCAUUUUUCUCGAUUUCGAGAGCGUACUUGAACGCCGUUGGCUGAGAUCGGCCAUUCAACAGUUUCGAGAUGGGGAGGCUAACAUGAUGGUGUGCUCCAGUGUGCUAGAGGAGGGCAUCGAUGUCCAGGCGUGCAACUAUGUGAUGAUAUUAGAUCCGAUCAAAACAUUUAAUAUGUAUGUGCAAACCAAGGGACGUGCACGUGCCAAGGAUGCCUCGUUUGUGUUGUUCUCGUCGGAGCUGAAUAAGCCAAAGAUAUCGCUGCAGAUACAACAGUAUCGACAGGCACACGUCGAGAUUAGAGAGUAUUUAAAAGAUCGUGUCCUAGAGCGCAGCGAUCCUAAAAUGGAUGAGAUUCGCGAGCAUUUCCAGGAUCAAAUAAAGCCAUAUGUUAAUCAAAAUGGCGCCGUGCUACUUGCCAGCAGCGCUUUAAUGUUAAUCCAUCGCUACGUCCAACAGAUGCCAACGGAUGCCUUUGGUACUGUGCUGCCCUGGUUCAAGUUGCUCGAUCCAAACGAACGCAGGGAACUUACCCAAAAUUCGCAAGGCAAAUACGUUGUGUCGCUCAAUUUGCCGCUGAACUCAGCACUACGCGAUACCAUCUACAGCGAUCCCAUGCCCAAUGGCCAUUGGGCAAAAAUUUCGGCUGCAUUUAAGGCUUGCAUCAAGCUGCACGAGCUGGGCGAACUCAACGAACGCUUCCUUCCCAAAACGGUGACCGAGAGGAUCGCCGAUAUUGCAAAUGUUCACUUUGAGCACUGGAAAAAAUACGGGGAUAAUGUGACUCUUCGAAGCAAAGAAGCUAAGAAUAUAAAUACCUACGAUACUCGUUGCCCAUCGGAACUAUACGAUGCGAUGCCGCGUCUGGGCGAGACUUGCUAUGCAUAUGAGAUUAUUUUGGAGCCGCAAUUUGAUCGUAACGAUUACACUUUCCACGUCUACGAUUCGUUGCAGACACGUCGCAACUAUGCGCUGCUAUUGAGGAAGCGUUUGCCACUAUUAGCUGAGAUGCCGCUGUUCAGCCACCAGGGCAAAUUGCAUGUGCGAGUGGCGGAGCAGCCGCAGCUGAUGAUUAUUGAGACGCAACAGCAAUUAGAUGAACUUCAGCAUUUCCAUGUGAUGAUCUUUCGCGAUAUUUUGCGUAUUUGGCAGCCAUUCUUUGUUCUCGAUCGUCGCAAUGCAGAGAAUUCAUUUCUGGUUGUGCCGAUGUCAGCAACACCAGGCGGCGGCCUCGAUUGGCCACUAGUGAAGCAGUUUUGCAGCAGACUGCCCAAGGUACAGGCAACAACUGUAGCACAGCGCAAGACGAUGCCACCGCCAAAUCCAAAAGAUUUCGAGGGCAAAAUCGUGACACAAUGGUAUGCUAACUAUGAUGAGAAGCGAAUGCUGGUCACCAAGGUGCACACGGAUCUCACGGCCAUGAGCAUGAUGCAGGAGAAGCAGCAGGAGAAUAGCUACUAUAAAUUCACUAUGUCCAAAUACAGCAACUAUAUUGGUGACAUUGUCCACAAGGAUCAUUUCCUGAUCGAGGUGCGCGAGUUGACCGAUCAAAUGAAUUUCUAUGUGCAGCAGCGAGUAAAAACCUCGGCGCUGAGCAAGCUACGCUCCAAGGUGAUGCUGAUACCAGAGCUAUGCUUCAAUUUUGGUUUUCCUGGUGAUCUGUGGGUGAAGUUGCUCUUCUUGCCGAGCAUUUUGCGUCGCGUCCACUAUAUGCUGCACGCAGAAGCGCUGCGUGUGCGGAUUAAUAAAUAUCUUGGAGUGGAUCAAUUGCCACAGAAUGGCAGAGAUUAUCGGCCACGUCCGCUAGAGAUUGACUGGUCGUUGCGUCGCAAUGUCGAUCAUCAGGGCAAUGCCAUGCAAGAUUUGGAGAGCGAGGGUCCUUCCCUGCUCGAACCGCUGCCCUCAAAGAGUAUCGAAAUGGCCACGGAGAAUCUGCAAAUCACCGAUCUCGAGACGCCGUGGCAACAGUAUAUGGAGCCCAUUGAUAUCGAUCGCAAUAUUAUGUCCGCUUACCCCGUGGAGCUAAUGUAUUUGUAUAAAUUCAAGCAAGGCGUAAUGCUUUCGCUGGACAAGCUCGAGUUCGAGGACAAGGAGAUGUGGACACAGACACAGUUCAAGAUGCGCGAGGGCAAAAUCUACAACUGCCAACAGGGAUACAAUUUACCGGCGCUUCCCUCCACCAAUACUGCGAAUAAUGGCAAGCGGUCGCAAGAGGUGCAGCUAUCGGUGCUGCAACGCAGCAUCUCCAAUAAGCACAUUACGCCAGCGGAACAGGGUGAAUUCCUGGCAGCCAUCACCUAUGCGGGCAGCGUUGAUGUCUUUGACAUGGAACGCUUUGAGCUGCUCGGCGAUUGCUUUCUCAAGCUGAGCGCCACUUUAUAUUUGGCCAGCAAGUAUCCCAAAUGGAAUGAGGGCACAUUGACCCAGGUCAAAUCUACACUGGUCUCGAAUCGAAACCUAUUGUAUUGCAUAAGGGAUACGGAUAUUCCGUCUCGCAUCUGCUUCACAUUGUUCACACCGAAAUACUUUUGGCUGCCACCCUGUUUGAGUCUGCCCCAGAAUGUGCAACAAUUGUGGCAGCAGCAUCCCGAUAAGGCGGCACUUGUUGGCCCGCACAAUUUGCGCAACUUGACGAUGAGCGAGGAGGAGGUGUUCGGCAAUGGCAAGUGUGCAGAGAGUACCUACAACAGUUUUCUGGAUAGCUGCCGGGCGAAUCAGCAGACGCAUAAUGCCGGCAUGGAUUUCAGCAGCGAAGUGGAUUUCUGUGUGGGCCAGGUGAAGAUGCCGAAUAAAGUACUCGCUGAUACGCUCGAAGCGCUGCUGGGCGUCAUCAUUAAAAAUUAUGGGUUGCAGCAUGGCUUUCGCAUGCUCGAAUACUUUGGCAUUUGCAAGCCGGACAUUGGGAAGCCGUUGACACAGUUGCUCGAUCUGCAGCUGGGCAGUACACAAUUGCGCACGAACAUCACGAAGCGCGAGGUCGACGAGUUUCUGAUCAAUCAUUCGGCCCUGGAGCACAACUUGGGCUAUACAUUCCGUGAUCGUGCCUAUUUGCUGCAGGCGCUGACGCAUCCCUCCAAUCCCACAAACAGAUUGACGGGCUGCUACCAGGAACUCGAGUUUGUUGGCGAUGCCAUAUUGGAUUUCCUAAUCUCCGCCUAUAUAUUCGAGCACAAGACACGCAUGACGCCGGGUCAAUUGACGGAUUUGCGGUCCGCCCUCGUUAACAAUACGACGCUAGCUUGUAUUUGUGUGCGUCAUCGCAUCCACUUCUUCAUUCUGGCCGAGAACGCAAUGCUCUCCGAUUCCAUACAGAACUUUGUCCGUUUCCAGGAGACACAGAACCAUCGCGUAACAAAUCAGGUACGCAUCCUGAUGGAGGAGAGCGAUCUUAUGCCCGGGCCUCUGGACUCCGAUGAUGAACUGGAGAUGGCUGAAGCAGACGAGCAGCAGGCGAGCCAGCCAGCUAUUACCGCGGAUACCAAGAAGCCGGAAGUCGGUGAAUACAAUAUAUCAACGAAUGUGGAUGUGCCCAAGACAUUGGGCGAUGUCCUGGAGGCCCUUAUAGCUGCCAUCUACUUGGAUUGCCGUGAUCUGAACACCACUUGGCAGGUGGUCUAUAAACUCUUCGAGCCCGAACUGCUAGAAUUCUCACGUAACGUGCCAUUGAAUCCCAUUCGUCAGCUCAACGAUCACAAGUCGGCGAAGCCCAUUUACAGUGCACCAGUCACUGACAAGAACCAGGUGAUGGUCACCUGCCAGUUUAUCUGCAUGGAGAAGACCAUCAAGGUAUAUGGCUUUGGCAGCAACGGCAAACAGGCCAAACUAUCUGCUGCCAAGCAUGCUCUACAAAAGAUUGCCAAGUGCGAGGCAUAACUCAAUUUUCGUUACAGCUUCAUUCAUAUCAAUGUAUUGAGUUCUCAUUGAUUUUUAUAAUUAUCAUUUAAUAUUCAUUACUUUGUCAUCUAAACAAGGCGAAUAUAUCGCAUAUCCAAUAUGUGCACUUAUAUGUAUCCAAAUAUAAUUAUUUUUAAUUUCAAUUUAGUGUCAUAAAUCUUUUUAAAAAAAAAACCAUACACAUGUAUUUUAACUGACCUGGUCGAACAGAAAUACUUCGAAUCCUUUGCAAUAAAUAUCGAAUUGUAAUCUUCAAGAAAACGA